CAUAAAACCAAAAGAAGAAGAAAAAGAGGAGAAGCCAGAGCCGCUCUCUGGCGCACUGUAAUUACGCCAUCGUCCAAAUUCGCUCAUCCAUUUUAUUUUCCUCCUUCUCUAUUUAGGCCAUUUAGUAAACAGAACAGUCAAUGUUAACUAGUGAUGGAUUACGGACGCAACUAAUGUUCACUGGAAUACACCCCAGUUAUUGUGGAAACCCCGACAAGAAGAGAUGACGGAAGACACCGACGAUUUACAUUGAGAAGGAUUUGACAUCCUGUUCGUGUGCCAAUGAUGCGCCGUCAUUGGUUGCUGGUUGGUGCUUGUGGCUGGGUGCUACUUAUCCUUAUGUUCGUCAGCAAGUUCAUCAACUUCAGCUUCAGAAUACCAGGUGACUAUGCAGAGAGGACAGAGAUGUUUGUUUGGACCUUGCCAUCUGUUACGAUGAAUCUCCAGUGGCCAGACAAGGGAGCAUCGCAGCCAUAUAUACUGUCCUCAGUUGGUCCCUCUGUGGUGGAGCCCAUAGACUGGCAGUCAGUGAAUGAGAAGCGCCUGAAGCUGUUAGCAACUGUUUGCAGAAAUUCAUCUCUGUGGAACCUCACCCACACAACUGUGGGCAAGUUUGUGUUGGACCGCAUUUUUGUGUGUGACAAGCACAAAAUACUCUUCUGUCAGACACCCAAAGUUGGAAAUACACAAUGGAAGAAGGUCCUAAUUGUCUUGAAUGGAAAGUUCUCAAAAGUUGAAGCUAUACCAGAGAACCUGGUUCAUGAUCAUGAAAGAAAUGGUUUACCUCGCCUGUCCUCUAUGACGGACACAGAAAUUCAUCAAAGGUUAAAUUCCUAUUUCAAGUUCUUCAUUGUGAGAGACCCAUUUGAGCGUCUCAUAUCUGCUUUCAAGGACAAGUUCGUGAAGAACCCAAGAUUUGAACCUUGGUACAAACAUGACAUUGCCCCAGCCAUCAUUCGUAAAUAUCGCAAGAGUCACCAUGAUGAUAGUGAAAGUGUGGGUCUUCAGUUUGAAGACUUUGUACGGUACUUGGGUGACAAGUCAGGCCGACAGCACUUGGACAGGCAGUUUGGUGACCACAUUAUUCACUGGAUGACAUAUGCUGAGCUGUGUGCCCCUUGUGAUAUUGCCUACAAUGUUGUAGGACACCACGAGACUCUGGAGCGUGAUGCUCCUUAUAUUCUAAAAGCUGCUGGUAUUGCUGACCUGGUGUCAUACCCCAAUAUCCCACCAGGGAUAACCCGCUACAACCGCACCAAGGUGGAACGCUAUUUUACUGGAAUCAGCCAAAGAGAUGUCCGUCGUCUCUACGCUCGCUACCAGGGAGACUUCAGCCUGUUUGAUUACCAGAGACCUGCCUUCCUAUUGGGCUGACAUAGAGAUUUCCUGAUAAUUUUUUUUCUUUUUUAUUAUAUAAAUCUCUGAAUUAUAUGGCUGCCUCAAAAAUUGUGUUCAAUUACCUGGCCUAUAUGGACUGUAUAUUGUUCUUUUGCACUGAUCUGAGACUUAAUUAGUUACUUUACACAUAAUAGUAUGUUUUUAUACAUUCAUGUUUGGAUUUGGCUUGGUCAGGAAUCUGCACUAGAGAGUAAAUUUAAACAUGAAUUACUAAGAUAAAACAGUGCAUUAGUAAAGUUUAUAUUUUCUUUUCUUUUUCUUUGGUAAUAUCUAUAUUUGCCAUGUAAUAAUGAAGUGCCAUAAUAUUAUUUUGAAAAGUUUUACAGAAAAGUUUAAUUAACUGGAUUUAAGAUAUAGUAUAUUCGGUAAAAUUGUACUAUAUAAAUGAUACAAUUUUGAAUAAUUUAAAUAUUUGUAUGACACCUAGACUUUUUUUUUUUUUUUUUUUUUUUUACUGGUUUACUAUGGACUCAUUUUCUAAAAUACUGUCUUCUCUAUCCUUUAUACUUAAGGGAUGGUAGUACUCAAAGAGAUUUUAAUAAAUCUUACAGUUUUGAUCUUAAAAUGUUCAGUUUCAUUCUGAUACUAUGUAAUAAAUCAUCCUUUAUCUUGAAACUAGCCUUAUACACACUAUCAAAUUUAAAAUAUACUCUUCAUUAUGCAACUAUAUUUCUAUUUUUCAAAGCUACCUUUAUGUCAGUAAGUAUCUAAAUUUGUACCAUAAAAGUAUCUAAAUAU